CGCUACCUGGCCAUAUACCAAUCCGGCGAACUCCCUGCGCAGGUCAUCGGCCGACAAGUCGGUGGAGUGAAGUUGGCCAGGUAGUCGACGUCUAGGUAGAUUUGGGUGGCCAGAUAGUCGUGGUAGGUGUUCCCUGGACGUCGGAGACGACGAAUAGGCUGAUCUUUGGCAGCGAUUGGCGGUCGGAGGAGGUGUUCUGUUUGAAGGUCUGCUAGGAGAAGUCAGAUGCAGCGGACAAGGUGUGUGUGGUGAAAUUGAGGCCGAUUUGGGUGUCGAAGAGGAUCCCCCUUUGGUUAUGGGAGAUGGGAUGGUGCAAUGUAGGGGAUCGAUUUGCAGCUGGUAGGCAUCGACAGAUCGAUUUGGAGCUCCGGCUGUUGAGAGAGAGAGAGGAAAUGAAGGGAGAAUCCGGAAUGCAUCGACUCCUCAUUAGACCCCUAACUUGAAGAAUCCUAGGAGGAGACUAAUGACCGCCUUCUCAAGGACAUGGCCUCUGCAAUCUCCUAUGGGCAAUAAACUCAUCUCCAUCCACGAAAAGCCUUCUCUUUUCCUUUCUCCAGUUUGCUAAACUUUUGAUUAAGGGUUUUGUUUCAAUUGAUUUAAGAGAACAAUUACUCUGAAAAAUUAGGGAUUUUUUAUAUCGAGUUAGAAAUUGAUGCGCAACGGUGUGAUUCCAAAGGGGAAAUGUCUAUCGUAGGAAGCUUGGUGACGACGGUGGAAGGAGGCGUUGAUUCAUCGAUUUUGCUGCUCUUACUAUUUGUCUUCUUGUUGCAUGUAGCCUCCGGAGGGAGCUUGGUGACGACGACAGUGAGUGGAGGCAGCUAGUUGCUUCCAUUUUCUCUCCUUCUAUUUCUGUUGUUUUUCCAUCUAAUUAUAAUAAGAAAAUAGACAUGUCCACUUUGUAUUGUUUUUUAUAAAAAAAAAGCCACGUCAUUGAAAAAAAGUUAGUCUAGUAAGCCACUUGAACAUUUGCGUUAAAGUUAUGGACGGAGUGACUAUUUUAGUGUAUUUUUCAAAAAUUGACUAUUACUGUCACAACGCGAAUAAUUACGACUGUGAAAGUGUAUUUUGCCUAAAAAAAUUGGUUAUUAGUUAAUAAAUACCAUCCGAAGUAGGAUGAUCGCUGCUGUAGAAGAUCUAUGCUCUCUCAUAAGACCUAGGAUUCGGGCGGAUUAACGUUAAUCUCCCAAUUCCUUUGCCACCCAGGUUGAUGAAAUUGAGUCCCGAGGGAACUUCACAUCGUGGUAAUCAUUUGAUUUUUGAAUCCUAUAUUUGGGCACUAGGGUUCCAAAUCCUCGAUCCUCAUCUGUUCAAAAAUUUCGCGCGAAAACAUGGAUCCCGAAGGGCAGCGAGGAAGCUCCGCGAAUCCAUCUGCGAUGCUCAGUUCCCUUGUCAGCAAGAGAGCCAAGCUUCACGAGGAGCUACGCAGCAUCGAAAGACAGCUUUAUGACAUGGAGACCAGCUACUUACAGGAUCCGAGCCAGUGUGGCAAUGUAUUGAAAGGUUUCGAGGGAUUCCUAUCUUCAUCUAAGAACACUGCACUCUUGAAGCGGUCUAAGAAGUUUCAGCCUGAAGAUCGACUAUUCUCAUUAUCCUCAGUUACCUCACCUGCAGCUGAGGAGCAAGCGGUUGGACGAGAUGAUGGCAAAUCAGACUUUGGUCCUGGUCGGUCUAGGGGUGGAGGCAUAUAUGCAAAUGGGCAAGGAAAACCAAAGAGGGGAAGAGGCACACCAAGAGAUGCCAAGAGAAUCAGAGCUGCAGCGGACCCUGACUUUGACUAUGAUGAUGAUCCUGAUUUGAUGUGAAGAAAUCAGCUUUUGUCAUCUGCACCAGCAAAAGCAUGAACUCCGUCUUUGCAAGACCGUGAAAGAGGAGUCCUUAGGAGUGUUCCCUGACGCAGAAGCAAAAGAACAAUCUUUCGUUCUGUAAGCAAUUUGUGCUUCUCUUGCCGAUUGAUGAAGCUUUGUUUUAUCUGUGGGAUGGAAUUGGAUCGUACUUGUAUUUUACUCCUUACCAAGCCUCUUUUUGAUGUCUGUGCCCAACCUUGAUGUAUGUCCAAGCUUUAUAUGUCUUUUCAAUAUCAUGAGUCACGAUCUCAUCUUUAGACCCUUCAGAAUGCCUUAUAAAAAGGCUUGAACAUAGACAUCCAAUAAAGGCUAAGUUCAAAU